UCCCACACACUCUCUCUACUCUCUCUCUAAAUUGGUGCAAUUUUCUCUCCCCCCGAGGAAAGCUAUUCCGUUCCUCUUUCUCGAUUUCUAGGGUUUCGCGAGGGACAAAUCGAGCUCCCUAUAGCCAAAAGGUUUGUACUUGGUGUCUCCAUGGUAUGAGCUGAACUAGGAAAGGGGGAAGAGGGCAAUGGAAGGAGAAGAGCACCAUCGGGUUGUAUUGGCAUGCACCAUUUGUGGGGCUCUUUUCUCUGUCCUAAGUAUUCUUAGUGUUUGGAUUCUUUGGGCUGUUAAUUGGCGGCCCUGGAGGAUCUACAGUUGGAUAUUUGCAAGAAAAUGGCCAAAACUUGUACAAGGGCGACACAUAACUGCACUCUGCUGCUUUCUCUCUUUAUGUGCAUGGGUCACUGUUCUUUCUCCCAUUAUUGUGGUUGUCACAUGGGGAAGUAUUCUUAUCUCACUCUUGAGCCGAGAUGUAAUUGGAUUGGCUGUAAUCAUGGCGGGCACUGCUCUUUUACUGGCAUUCUAUUCUAUAAUGCUUUGGUGGAGGACACAGUGGCAAAGCUCAAGGGCUGUUGCAUUCCUUCUUUUGUUGGCGGUAGCACUGCUUUGUGCGUAUGAACUUUGUGCUGUUUAUGUUACUGCUGGUGCAAGUGCCGCUGAGCGAUACUCGCCGUCUGGAUUUUUCUUUGGUGUCUCUGCCAUUGCACUGGCAAUCAACAUGCUGUUUAUUUGCAGAAUGGUCUUCAGUGGAACUGGAUUAGAUGUGGAUGAAUAUGUGAGGAAGUCAUACAAGUUCGCAUACUCUGACUGUAUAGAAGUGGGUCCUCUUGCUUGCUUACCUGAACCACCAGAGCCCAAUGACUCUUACAUGCAGAAGUCCAGCAGGGCUUCGCAUAUUGGGCUUCUCUACUUGGGGUCACUUAUUGUACUUCUCGCAUAUUCCAUCUUGUAUGGUUUGACAGCAAAGGAGUCGCACUGGCUUGGUGCAAUUACAUCUGCUGCUGUGGUUAUACUUGAUUGGAAUAUGGGAGCUUGUUUGUUUGGAUUUGAACUUCUUAAUAGUCGAGUUAUCGCCUUGUUUGUUGCUGGCACAUCUAGGAUUUUUCUUAUCUGCUUUGGAGUGCAUUACUGGUACUUGGGACAUUGCAUAAGUUAUGCUAUUGUAGCAACUGUGCUGCUAGGUGCUGCUGUUUCUCGUCGCCUAGCAAUUUUGAAUCCCAUGGUUGCCAGGCAGGAUGCUUUGAGGAGUACUGUAAUUCGAUUGAGAGAGGGGUUUCGGCGAAAAGGUCAGAGCAGUUCUUCAAGCUCUUCUGAAGGUUGCGGUUCUAGUGUUAAACGCAGUAGCAGCAGUGUUGAAGCCAGUCAUGGUAAUGCUGUUGAAGUUAUGAGCAGAAGUAAUUCCCAUUGUGUGGGUGAGGGUAGUAAUUGGAACAAUCUGCUUCUAGGUCGUGCUAAUAGUUGCCAUGAAGCUGUUAGUAGUGAUAAGAGCAUAGAUAGCAGAACACCAAGUUUUGCGAUACGUAGCAGCUCUUGCCGUACUGUCGUUCAAGAUUCUGAUAGUGGCACAACCUUUCCUGAGAAGAAUCCUGAUCACAAUGGCUCACUUGUUAUUUGUUCUAGCAGUGGUUUAGAAAGCCAAGGUUGCGAGUCAAGCAGAUCAUUCACUACUUUAUCCAAUCACCAAGCAUUAGAAAAUUUAGCUAUGGUUUUUCAGGACAAACUGAAUGACCCCAGGAUUGCAUCAAUGUUGAAAAGGAAAGGAGGGCAAGGUGAUCUUGAACUGGCCACUCUUCUUCAAGACAAAGGUCUUGACCCUAAUUUUGCUUUAUUAUUGAAGGAAAAAGGAUUGGAUCCUAGGAUUUUGGCACUUCUGCAGAGAAGCAGUUUAGAUGCUGACAGAGAUCAUCAAGAGGCUACAGAUGUUACGGCUAUUGAUUCAUAUAGACUGGAUAUGGCUUUGCCAAAUCAAAUAUCUUUAUCUGAAGAACUCAGGAGGCAUGGUUUGGGAAAGUGGCUUAACUUCUCCAGAUGUAUUCUGCACCACAUAGCUAGUACACCAGAACGUGCCUUGGUCCUUUUUAGUUUGGUCUUCAUCCUGGAGACGUCAGUAGUUGCGGUUUUUCGACCAACAGCAAUAAAAUUAAUAAAUGCUACCCAUGAGCAGUUUGAAUUUGGUUUUUCAGUGCUUCUUCUGUCUCCGGUUGUCUGCUCAGUAAUGGCUUUCCUUCAGUCUCUUCGUGCAGAAAACAUGGCUAUGACAUCAAGACCAAGGAAGUAUGGUUUCAUUGCUUGGCUGUUGACUACAUGCGUUGGUCUGCUUCUCUCUUUCUUGAGCAAAUCUUCUGUUAUCCUGGGGUUAGCUUUGACCAUCCCUGUUAUGGUGGCAUGCCUUUCAGUUGCCAUUCCAAUAUGGGCACACAAUGGUUAUCGGUUCUGGGUUCCACAGCAAGCAUUUGCUAGUCAUGGAAAUAACCAUCAGAGUCCUAAAAAAGAGGGUGUCCUUCUUGCUGUCAGCAUAUUCAUUUUUGUUGGAUCAAUUGUUGGCCUCGGUGCAAUAGUGUCCGCAAAGCCUUUAGAUGAUUUAGGCUACAAGGGAUGGAAUGGAGAUGAAGAAGGAUUUUACUCUCCCUAUGCAUCGUCACUGUAUCUUGGCUGGGCGAUAGCGGCAGCAAUUGCUUUACUAGUUACAGCUGUGUUGCCAAUUGUUUCAUGGUUUGCAACAUAUCGGUUUUCCCUAUCAUCUGCUNGUAUCAUGAUGCUGUUUUUCUUUUAUGAUGUAGUUGUUCUUGUGGCAUUUUGUGGUGCAUCAUAUUGGGGUGUGGUGAAUUCUAGAGAGGAUAAAGCCCCUAUGAAGGUUGAUUUUCUUGCUGCUUUGCUUCCCUUGGUCUGUAUUCCUGCAGUAUGCUCUUUGUUCAUCGGUUUGUAUAAGUGGAAAGAUGAUGACUGGAAACUUUCACGUGGUGUCUAUGUAUUUUCCCUCAUUGGAUUUUUUCUCUUGCUUGGUGCCAUAUCCGCGAUUGUAACUAUUAUCAAGCCAUGGACGGUUGGGGUUGCAUUCCUUCUGGUUAUCCUUUUAGUUGUUCUUGCUAUCGGCGUCAUUCACUAUUGGGCUUCAAACAAUUUCUACUUGACCAGAACCCAAAUGUUCUUUGUUUCCUUUCUAGUUUUCCUUCUUGCCCUGGCUGCAUUUUUGGUGGGAUUUUUUGGAGAUAAACCCUUUAUUGGAGCAUCUGUUGGUUAUUUCUCAUUCCUGUUUCUUCUUGGAGGGAGAUCAUUGACUGUUCUUCUUUCACCUCCCAUUGUGGUCUAUUCUCCUAGAGUAUUGCCAGUUUAUGUUUAUGAUGCUCAUGCUGAUUGUGCCAAAAAUGUCAGUCAUGCCUUUCUCAUGCUGUAUGGGAUUGCUUUGGCAACUGAGGGAUGGGGUGUUAUUGCUAGUUUAAGAAUAUACCCUCCAUUUGCUGGUGCUGCAGUAUCUGCUAUUACACUUGUUGUGGCCUUCGGUUUUGCUGUAUCUCGUCCAUGCCUGACACUGAAGAUGAUGGAUGAUGCUGUGCAUUUUCUCAGUAAGGAAACUGUUGUCCAGGCAAUCACUCGCUCUGCUUCUAAGACUAGAAAUGCCUUAUCUGGGACUUACUCAGCUCCGCAAAGAUCUGCUAGCUCAGCUUCUCUUUUAAUUGGGGACCCUACUAUUGCCCGUGAUAGGGCUGGAAACUUUGUCCUUCCACGAGCUGAUGUGAUGAAACUUAGAGAUCGUCUAAGAAAUGAAGAAGUUAGCGCUGGUUCUUUCUUUUGUGGAAUGAAAUGUUAUUGCCAUGAGUCUCCUGCUGAUGUGGAUUACAGAAGAAAAAUGUGUUCUCAUGCGCGCAUUUUGGCUUUAGAAGAGGCAAUCGACACUGAAUGGGUAUAUAUGUGGGACAAGUUUGGUGGCUAUUUGCUUCUUUUGCUUGGUUUGACUGCUAAAGCUGAAAGGAUACAGGAUGAAGUCCGUCUUAGACUUUUCCUAGAUAGUAUUGGCUUCUCUGAUUUAAGUGCCAAAGAGAUCAAGAAGUGGAUGCCUGAAGAUCGCAGGCAAUUUGAGAUGAUUCAGGAAAGUUACAUAAGGGAGAAAGAGAUGGAAGAGGAAAUAUUGAUGCAGAGACGGGAAGAGGAGGGGAAAGGCAAAGAAAGAAGGAAAGCUCUACUGGAGAAGGAGGAGCGCAAAUGGAAGGAGAUAGAAAACUCCCUCUUAUCCUCUAUACCAAAUGCUGGAAGUAGGGAUGCAGCAGCAAUGGCAGCUGCAGUGCGUGCUGUUGGUGGUGAUUCUGUUUUGGAUGACUCUUUCGCUCGGGAACGAGUUUCAAGUAUUGCUUACCGUAUUCGUGCAGCUCAGUUGUCAAGAAGAGCAGAGCAGACUGGAUUGUCAGGUACUGUGUGUGUUCUUGAUGAUGAGCCAAGAACCAUAGGCAGACAUUGUGGGCAGAUUGACCCAAGCCUUUGUGAUAGUCAGAAGGUCAGUUUCUCCGUUGCAGUCAUGAUCCAACCAGAGUCUGGACCAGUGUGCCUUCUAGGAACUGAGUUCCAGAAGAAGACAUGCUGGGAGAUCCUCGUUGCUGGUUCAGAACAAGGCAUUGAGGCUGGACAAGUUGGUCUGAGAUUGGUUACAAAAGGUGAUAGGAUGACUACCGUUUCUAAGGAGUGGAAUGUAGGUUCUGCCAGCAUUGCAGACGGAAGGUGGCAUAUUGUUACUGUGACAGUGGACGCGGAUGCAGGAGAGGCGAUAUCCUAUCUGGAUGGAGGCUUUGAUGGAUAUCAGAGUGGUCUACCUCUGCAAGGGGGUGGUGGCAUUUGGGAGCAGGGAACUGAUGUUUGGAUUGGUAUUAAACCACCAACCGAUCUGGAUGCAUUUGGAAGGUCGGAUAGUGAAGGUGCUGACUCCAAGAUGCAAAUGAUGGAUGCUUUUCUUUGGGGAAGGUGCCUGACUGAAGAUGAGAUAGUUGCGCUUCAUGCUACUAUGAGUUUAGCUGAAUGUGACUUGAUUGAUCUGCCGGAAGAUUGCUGGCAUUUGGGUGAUUCACCUCCGAGGGCUAAUGAUUGGGAGAGUGAAGAAGCAGAUGUUGAGUUGUAUGACAGGGAAGAUGUUGAUUGGGAUGGGCAAUAUUCAAGUGGAAGGAAAAGAAGGCCAGAUCAUGAGGGGGUCACAAUUGACAUGGAUUAUUAUAUUAGAAAGCUAAGAAAGCCUAGGUUUGAAACUCAAGAAGAAAUUAACCAGCGCAUGCUAUCUGUUGAGAUGGCAGUCAAAGAAUCUCUCUCUGCAAGAGGCGAUAAACAUUUUACUGAUCAAGAAUUUCCACCGAACAACCGUUCGUUAUAUAUUGAUCCAGGAAAUCCUCCUCCAAAACUGCAGGUUGUUUCUGAGUGGAUGAGACCUGCUGAUAUUGCGAAAGAAAGCUCAAUCAGUUCCUGUCCUUGCUUGUUUUCUGCUUCUGUAAACUCGUCUGAUGUUUGUCAGGGUCGUCUGGGUGACUGUUGGUUUCUGAGUGCUGUUGCUGUUCUAACUGAUGUUUCUCGAAUAUCAGAGGUCAUUAUCACUCCACAAUACAAUGAAGAGGGUAUUUAUACUGUUCGGUUCUGCAUCCAGGGUGAAUGGGUCCCUGUUGUUGUUGAUGAUUGGAUACCUUGUGAGUCACCAGGGAAACCAGCAUUUGCUACCAGCAAGAAGCGUAACGAACUCUGGGUUUCUGUUUUGGAAAAAGCUUAUGCCAAAUUGCAUGGCUCUUAUGAGGCCUUAGAAGGUGGUCUCGUCCAAGAUGCCCUUGUAGAUCUCACAGGGGGUGCUGGUGAAGAAAUUGACAUGAGAAGUGCUCAAGCUCAAAUUGAUCUAGCUAGUGGAAGGCUAUGGUCACAGUUGUUGCAUUUCAAAAGAGAGGGUUUUCUACUUGGUGCUGGAAGUCCAUCAGGUUCAGAUGUACAUGUUUCAUCUAGCGGAAUUGUUCAAGGGCAUGCAUACUCAUUAUUGCAGGUUAAAGAGGUCGAUGGUCACAAACUUGUUCAGAUUCGUAAUCCAUGGGCCAAUGAAGUUGAAUGGAAUGGGCCAUGGUCAGAUUCAUCUUCUGAAUGGACUGAUCGUAUGAAACACAAGCUUAAGCAUGUUCCACAGUCGAAGGAUGGGAUCUUUUGGAUGUCGUGGCAAGACUUUCAGAUACACUUUCGGUCAAUCUAUGUUUGCCGUGUUUAUCCACCAGAAAUGAGGUACUCAAUCCACGGCCAAUGGCGUGGCUACAGUGCAGGGGGUUGCCAGGAUUAUGACUCUUGGCAUCAGAAUCCACAGUAUAGAUUGAGAGUGACAGGCCCAGAUGCAUCAUCCCCCAUUCAUGUGUUCAUUACUUUAACUCAGGGUGUGAGAUUCUCGAGAAAAAACAAUGGUUUCAAGAACUAUCAGUCAAGUCAUGAUUGUUCAAUGUUCUAUAUUGGCAUGAGAAUACUGAAGACAAGAGGGUGUCGUGCUGCUUAUAAUAUUUACUUGCAUGAAUCAGUUGGAGGAACAGAUUACGUUAACUCGAGAGAAAUAUCAUGUGAGUUGGUACUGGAACCUUAUCCUAAAGGAUACACAAUAGUACCCACCACAAUUCAACCUGGAGAAGAAGCACCAUUUGUUCUGUCAGUAUUUACGAAAGCACCAAUCAUCCUGGAAGCUAUAUAAUGAAAUAUCAACACAUGGAAGAAGCUAUCUUUUUUUGGCACCAUAUAUUGGUUGAGGCUUCAAUGAGGCCCAGACUUUGGUUGAGGCUUCAAUGAGGUCCGGACUGCUCGGGGUUAUGCAGACUUCUGCGAGCAAAAAGGUCUCUGAGCCAAAUAUUAUAGAGCAAAUGGAUUUCGGUAUGGGGCCUGUUUUGUGUGGUGACGAUAUGAAAGUCAUCAUUCGAGGGAAAGCAAUGCAACAGCUCUGUGCUUGACAAAGUAAUCGAAAUAUCUGAGCGAUCACUCAGUUCAAGAGCAUGAAUGUUUGGUUUACAUGGAAAAUUUUCCCCGAGCUUCCAAUCAUGCCUCCUUCGCUUCAGCCGGGGUUAUCGGCUGAACUUGUAAAUACUGGUGGCAUCAAGUGGUUAAAGAAUCAUUGCCAUCCAAGUAUAGGGGUACUAACUCACGUGUACAGGAACCCAAAAGGAAAGCAUAGGCGUAGAGGUCAGAAAUAACUAGAAAUAGGUGGUGAUCAUCUUUGUACUGAAGGGAUCCAAUAAGGGUGUUGUAGCUGGAUGUUUAGAGUUCCUGCUGCAGUUUUGUACACCCCAUUUUCUUUUAUUUGUGCAAUGUAAUUUUUAUAGUGGAUGUUUUGUUCCUUUUUUAUAAUAGUAAUGUGUUAGAUUCUUUACUAGCAAA